AUGACAUCGAUAUUUCGUUUAACAGUCAACUCCGGUCAAACAGUUCCGAUCGAGUUUAAGGAAUAUAUGAUGGUCACAAUCUCCAAGGGCAUUUUGAUGGUUCGCCCAGAUCAAACAAGACCAGUUCUUGUUACAAUCAAAUAUAUGGAUCUUCAAGACAAUAAAGAGAAAUCCGAGAAACUCUGCGUUUUCGAUCCAGGACAGACAGAUGUUGUCAUCGAGAACCUCUACUACGAUACACAACGCCCAACAAUUACAGUUCCAGAGGGCGCCACCGUUAAGUUCGAAGGUGUAUUUACAUCAUCCGAAGAAUUUGCGGAUCACGAUGAGGAAGAAAAUUCUUCAUCCGAGGCACAGGAUGAUGAAGAAGAUGAUGACUUCCAGGCUGAAGAAUCUGAGUAA